CCACGCUGCACCUCCGGCUCGUCUGACCAAACGCACGCCGAGAGAGGACCGCUGCGACACGGCUAUCGGACCUGCGCUUUGGGGGGGGUCUUGUACUUAGACCAUGGCGAAAAAACUCAGCUCCAAAAAGACGUUCAAGAGCCUGUUUUCCAAAAGCGAAGUGAAUCUGAACGAGACUGUGGCCGCUUUGGCUGAGAGCGGCGCAAAUGGCAGCAGCACCAGCGUGGACAGGAAAAGUAGCACGGACAAGAAAAAGUUCAAGUUUCCAGUUUUGAAGAGUAAAUCGAAAAGCAGCGAUGUGUUGGGGAGCUCUGCCCCGGAGAGCGCGCAGGUGCCCAGCGGCAAUUCUUCAGCUGAUAAUGUCUCCACGGAUACGAACCGCUCCUUGCUGUACGCCACAGCGCCCAGGUCAAAGGGGAAGGAGUUGAGCUCGUCGGAUCUGGACUUAACUUCGAAGCCCAAACGGUUUAACACGUUUUCUCUGAACCUGAGGAAGAAGAAGAAGAAAGAGGAUAAUGUUCUGUCCAGAAGCACCUACGGCAUUGACCGGUCAGGGAUUGAACUACAGCAGGAGACUCCCUCUGAUCUCAGUCAAAUGUCUCUGGCCCAACGUGACAUUAAAAAUUUGAGCAAGUCUCAACCAGAACUGGACAGCAGCCCGAUCUUCGACAUCCCCUCCCCUCCUCACUUAGCUGUCAACAGACCCGAUUACCCGAUCCCCAGCCAACCAGAAGCUUCCGUCACUGUCCACCCUCAACCAAUCAAAACGCAGCAAACCGGCGUUCAAAAUACAACUCUGAAAGCUCCCAUCGCCACCAUCCCUGAGUUAAAACUAGACAAUAACAAGAUGAAUACAGCUAUUGAGGAGGUGACCCCAAAAGUAUCAUCUUACAAGGAAGCCACUGUAGCCUCGAGCAGAGUAGAAAAAGCGUUAUCAAAUUUCGCCGCUCUGAAGUCAAACAAUGCUACGUUUGACCCUCGCAACAUCCAAGUGUCCAAUACCAAAACGGAGAUGCCAAUUAGCCAACCAGCGCUGACAGUAAAGCAACCGGAAAUCAACACAACUGCAAACGGAUCCAAAAUUGCCGCCACUGGAACAGAUAGAAACGUUAAAGUCGACACAGGAAUUGACCCCAAAAUAACCGCGACAUCGGAAAAACUUGCAAUCAAUAGCAAUUCUACGAUAAGCUCCAAGGUGGCGACCGCUGUUACUGAUAAACCUCUUAAAAUUGAACCAACUGCCGCAACUGGAUCCGAAAUGACCGCCAUUGGUACGAAUGUUAAAACCGACACAGUAAUCGACUCCAAAAUGACCGUAGCAGUGGAAGAACCUAUCAAGAGCAAUUCUGCGAUCAAUUCCAAAGUGGUGACUGCUGUUACUGAUAAACAGCUUAAAGUUGACACAGCUACCGCAAUUGGACCCAAAAUGGACGCCACAUUAGAAGAUAAACAAACUACAAGCAGUUAUUCAGCUAUAAACUUCAAAAUGGUGACGACAAAUUUGGAUAAACCAGUUGAAUCACUUAGUCCAGUUAAGAAUACAGUGACAGAUACACAUCUUAAAAUCGACUCAACUGCGGCAAUUGAACCCAAAAUGACCGUAAAGAUGGGAGAACCUGCGAUCAAUAGCUUUUCUGUGACAAAAUCCACGAUGUCGACAACAAUUUUAGAUAAGCAAGUUGAAUCACCGAACGCAAUUAGUAAUACAGCUAGCUCUACCAAAACUGUCAGCACUGACACCAAACUGGACACCAAACUGGACACCAAACCUGACAUGAAAACUACAAAUUCACCUACAAUUUCCAGCAAUGACAGCUUUGUUUCAGUUACUACAAGUCCGAAAGCUCCCCAAAACGAAAGCAACGUUUUAAAGACCGAAAAAAGUCCGCCCAACAUUGCCGAACAAAAUAAAAUGUACCAAACUUUGUACGAUUCGCUUUUUCCUGAAAAUUUCACCCAAGAAAUCGCUUCAUCACUGUUAAAUCAACCGGCUAAUCUGGCAACCGAGAAUAAAAUCAUUGAAACUACGACGGAAACUGUUGUGGUUAAGAGAUAUGAAGAAAACGAAACUAUUGGCGCGCCAUUCUCAACUUCCUCCUCAGAGAAAAUUGACGAUAAUUUAAGUUCAAUUAGCAGCGCAAGUGAUAAUUUAGCAACCAAAAUUGAACCAAAAUCACCAACCAAAACCGUCUACAUCCGCACGACCUAUGACAUGAUUUCCAAUGAUGCGGAACCGUUGACGCAAAAUAACAAAUUUGCAUAUUCAGAGUUUAAUACAGAAACCACCUAUGUUAAAGAUACACUGACACGUUCCUCUGUGGUUGAGAAGUCCCCUCCUCUCUUCAGACAUGCAACCUCCCAAGAGACCAGUGCUCAAAUUUCAACUGACUCAAAAAGAAAAGUACUUUUAGUCAAGGAGUUAGUCGCAAAUGAGACCGCCAGCACUAGUACAGAUUCAGGCUGUCUUAGUCCGACCAUGGAAAAAACCUCAACAGUCACAAGCUCUGAUCUGAUACGCGACCAAAGUGAAGUCCUGUCCUUCACCUCUGGACAGAGCGAACUGCAUGAUGGGAUAUGCAGUCCUGCCUAUCUGAGCGUUGGGUCUGACGAUGGGAGCACGAUGGAGAUGUUUUUUAGCGCCGAGGAAGACAACGGAGAUGAUUUGUUCACUAGUGAUGACAGAGAAGCCACUAUUAUCGAAACGACGAAGGGCGCGAGCGUUUUGGAAGAUCUGAUCGCAAACAGGACGGUGAUUUUGAAAGAAGAUACUGUAAAUCGGGCUGAAAACGCAUUUGAAGUUGAUCUGCAGAGAGGUAAGAAAGUUGAACUGUAUGAUGGAAAUGGUAUGUUGUCUGGAUCGCAAGUGGUGAAAGACAAGAAUGAAAGAAAGGAGGAGUUUCUUACUGCACCGGUCGAGCAACUAAAGGAAUUCAUAGCUGUUCCACCCUUUAAAGAAGAGAGUGGGCAGAAGGAGGUGCCAGGGAUUUCCCAAAUUGAGUUAAAAGAUGCCAGUUUAGUGCAAGAUUCUACCGAUUCUGAAAAUUCGCUUACCAAAGAUGUCAAAACUCCCAACACAACACAAGAAAAUUCAAGUACAGUCAUCAAGCUGCCAAUCACGCCCAGGUUUACAGAAGAGGCGGAACGGGUUUUAACCACAAUCGGAACAUACGAAAAUGAUAAAGAAAGCAUGCUCGCUGACAGCGCUAAAGAGAUAUUGAAUGCCAAAGGAAACAAUAGGGCUGCGGUGAGCACUGCAGAGGUGGAUAUAGUUACAGAAGGAGCAGGGAGGAGCACACAGGAGCAGGUGGCCGUCGCAAAGCAAGGGAUUCUACAAGUGAGAGAGGAGGGAGACCAGGGGCUAGACCAGGGACUAAACCAGGGACUAAACCAGGACCAAGGUCUGGACCAAGGACUGGAGAAGAACCAGACAGAUCGGAGCGAGGGGUCCUUUUCCUCCUCCUACACCUCAGUUUUCGAGCAGAAGUUCUCAACCCCCUCUGUGCUGGACUCUUCUGACAAAAUGAGCUUAGGCUACAGCAGCCUGAGCACCACGCUGUCCCUUAAGACCAGCUCCCCUCCCCCGAACGAAGACCUCAAGUCCAGGGUCAGAAAGGUCUCGCUCGUGUCCGAAAACGAGGACGAAACCAAGCAAGAAACGGAGGACUCGGACAGAACUAUCACUACUACUACUACUACUACUACAGUAACUUCAAACGGUGCCGAUUUAGAUACAGAUUACAAAUGGAAGAGUAGAUAUGAAGGAGCUUAUCAGUUCAAGCCUAAUACUUUCAGCCCAUCUAAGUACACACUGAAGUCUUUUACUACUACUUUUACUGAUACUGCUACUGAUACUACUACUGCUACUUCUACUUCUUUCCCCGAGGCUAUAGAUUACAACAAAAGUAUUUCCUCCCAAACUGCGAGUAACUUCAGCCAAGUGUUGAGUGACAGGUCAGAUGAGACAGACGCAGGAAGUGGGCGUGGUUUAGGCGAAAAGGGGGCAGGGCCUAGCUCUGCACCUGCAUUGGAGCGGAGAGAGGGAGAGGCAGAGAGAUCAGAUGCUAGUCGCUACUCCAUACAGACAGACGAGGAGGAAGAGGAGUUCAGUGGCGUGUUCAAAGCUACCCUCGUUGACUUGGAGCCAGAUUCUCCGGUUUCAGCCGGAGUAGGAGCGCUCGCCUCGCCGCCCGGCACGCCAGAAGAAUCGCCCAGCCAGUUUGACAUGGACAGUUUAGUGGACACGCUGAAAAACAUGGGGCCCUCCAUGAGAAUAAGGAGCUUGUCGGCCAGGGGAGCGCAGUCCAGUCUCCUCUCGUCAUCUCUGUCUCUGCCUCCCAUAGUGGAAGAUGCACCCAGCCCCGUCACAGCCAACUCCAUGAUGCUGAACAAUCAUAAAACCGAAGUGGACGGGCUGAACGGGAGCCUGUACAUGUUGCCACCGGACAUUGGGCUGAAGAAAAGCAGUUUAAGAGACAUGAGGUCGCCACUGGAGCUAAUGAAACAACAAGCAAUACAGGAGGGCACGAGACUUCAGGAUGGCACUCGGCCUCUGCGCGCCUCCACUGCUAACAGCAUCGUGAUGAAGACCUCCAAAGACAACGCCUCUCCGGAAGAGCUCCACUCCCCCCACCUCCUCAACGGCACCACCAGCUCACGACUCGAGAACAGCAUCAUCUUCUCCAGUUUCCGCUCGUCCUCCAUCGACCAAAACUCCGAAAACCCCACCAAAUCUCACCGUACGCUUUUCCGGACCGCCUCUCUCCCAGAUAUUGGACAUUCAAAUGAUCGCAUGAGUCUACCGCCGAGAGAGAGCACAGAAAACGAUUCCUCUACCUCACGUAUUGAGCGCUUUUCCUUCCUGCUGAACUCCUCGUCGUCUUCCGGGUCGCUAACCGGAGGAGAGGAUUACACCGCCAGAAUGAGCCGCGCGCCUUCGCUCUCCAUCGGCUCGCCCCCUUCCGGUAACAGCCCCACAAUGCUCCUGAGCCCCACCGGGUCCCUGGAGCUAAGCCGGCCAUUCGCGCCCAUGGGAGACGCCCCGAUCCGGGUGGGGGCGCCGUUGCUGCAGAGGAGCUUCAGCGGAGACAGCGGGGUGGGGCUCCAACAGGGGGCCCCCAUGUUCAACAAUAUCCACGCCAACACGCACUUCCAGAGCCAACAAGAGCCCGAGGCGGAGAGGAACCUGCUGUCCAAGUACAGAGCCUUCCCCGAUGCUUAUCUCACAAAGGAGAAGGAACACGGGAAGCUCAACCCUCGGCCCGGAAAGAUGUAUCUGUUUGACCGCGCCGGCAUGUGUGGACAGAGGACUGAAAUUCGCGGUGAUGUUGUGGACGCGACUUCGUGGGAGCUGGAGGAAACCAUCUCCAUCAGAGUGCUGAGAGGAGGAUGGGUGCUGUACGAAAAGCCUGAUUUUAAAGGAGAGAAGAUCGCUCUGGACGAGGGCGAGAUUGAGCUGACGAAUCCUUUUGGUCCAAUGGAAGAGCAGAUGCCGCAGGUGAACGGACAGAUGAACGGACAGGUGAACGGGCAGGUGAAUGGAGGGCACAUGAACGAAACAAACGGAGAACAGGAAACAACUGAUUCGCCAACAGAGGAUAAGAAAGUCCGGAGGUGUGUGAUCGGGUCCAUUCGGCGAGUGGUCAGAGACUACAGUGUUCCAGAGAUUAGUCUGUUCCCAGAGGAGAACGCAGAGGGGAAGAAGGUGGUUUUCAGAGACACUUCAGAAGACGCUCGGAUCUUUGGUUUCCCCAUCAAAGCAAACUCAAUCAUCAUCAAUGCUGGCCUGUGGCUGGUGUACUCUCAGCCGUUCUUCCAGGGCAUCCCUCGGGUCCUGGAGGUCGGAGGUUACUCAAACCCAAAGGCCUGGGGAGUGGAGCAGCCGUAUGUUGGGUCUCUGCACCCGCUCAAAAUAGGAGAGCCCCGGGUGGAAAACAUGGGAGAACCAACGAUUGUCGUCUAUGAGAAGCCGUAUUUCUGUGGGAAAUCCAGAACCAUCACCACAAACGCCAAAGACUUCAUGACGAGGACAGAGAGGGGACAGCAGGCGUUCAUGCACAACGUGUGCUCACUCAAGGUCGUGGGAGGAAUCUGGGUGGGCUAUGAGAAGGAAGGCUUCCGUGGGCACCAAUAUCUUCUGGAGGAGGGGGACUACCAGGACUGGAGGGUGUGGGGCGGCUGUGACGCUGAGCUGAGGUCUGUGCGCGUCAUACGAGCGGACCUGACGGACCCUGUGAUGGUGAUGUUUGAACAGCCGGAUGAGGAGCAAGGGGAGCAGGAGGAAAACACGUUUGAAGUGACGGAGGCCAUUCCUGAUGUAGAACUGUAUGGGUUUAAGACGUCCACCCGCUCCAUCCAAGUCCUCAGUGGAGCGUGGGUGGCGUAUUCCCAUGUGGACUUCUCAGGGCACCAGUACAUUUUGGAGAAAGGUUUUUACAACACCUCUGCAGACUGGGGCUCUCUGGACAGCCGCAUCUGCUCCGUACAGCCCAUUCUACCUAUUCCAAGAGACAGCACAACAAAUAGGAAUCAGAUAUUAUUGUACAAUGAACCAGAUUUCCAAGGCCAGUGCCUUGCCAUCGACCGCACCAAGGAGGCGCUAUCGGACAAGUUACUCCCCAAGUCCUGUAGAGUGGUGGGUGGCAGCUGGGUGUUGUAUGAGAACAAACAGUUCCAGGGAAACAUGUACGUGUUGUCAGAGGGAGACUAUCCAAACCUCACCAGUAUGGGAUGCCCUGCCACCUGCUACCUGCGCUCGGUCAAGGCUGUGCCAGUGACGUUAUCAGUCCCGUCCAUCUCGCUGUUCGGUCUGGAGUGUUUGGAGGGCAAAGAAAUCACCACGGAAACGGAGAUCUUCAGUUUAGUGGAAGAAGGCUACAACAACCACGUCCUGUCUGUGCGCGUCAACAGCGGAUGUUGGGUGAUAUGUGAGCACAGUAACUACAGGGGGCGCCAGUUCCUCCUGGAGCCCAUAGAAAUCACAAACUGGCCCAAGUUCAGCACCAUGCAGACCAUCGGCUCCAUGUACCCAGUGAGACAGAAGCGCAGCCUGUUCCGUGUGAAGAGCCGGGAGCGGGGGCACUACCUCUCUGUGCAGGGGGGAGUAGAGGAGAUGAAGUCGGGCAGAGUCGUGGUGACGCCAGAGGUGGAGCCGAUGAGUGACAUCUGGUACUACGAGGCCGGACUCAUCAAGAACAAGCUGUCGCCCACCAUGAGCCUGCAGGUGAUGGGGAAUGUGGAGCCUGGAGCUAAAGUGGUCCUGUGGUCUGAGAACAGGCAGCCCAUCCAGAGCUGGACGGCCCAGAUGAAAGGCCUCGUGACCAGCCUUACCUUCGCCGGCAUGGUCCUGGACAUCAAAGGAGGGAAAACGUACGACAAAGACCACGUGGUGAUCAUGCAUGAAGACGAGGAUCGGCCCAGUCAGCAGUGGGAGAUCGAGAUGCUCUAGUUCUGCCUUUACGAUAUCGCACACACGCCUUAUACUGCGGAAUAUGAACGUAAAAUAUAUAUUAUAGAGUUUAUUUGCAAAUACAGAUGGGGCGUUCAAAGUACAACAUGAGGUUCAUCAUUUACUCCUUGCAUAGCACUCUCUUCAAAUCUCAAACGUACUUUCAGCCAUUACGUUUGUAUUUUAGAAUUCAUUUUUAAAAAGUAUUAGGGCUGCACCGAUGAAUCAACUGAUCAUGACUAGUAGACUACAAAAAAAGUCAUAUUCUGAACCUCGUAAUCAUUAUCUAGACUAUACAAACUCUUAAGUGGAAUUAUUAAAUCAAAAAAAGUCCAAAAAUAAUGAACAAUUUCACAUUUUUAUCAACUGAUACUUUGCUGUGACGUCACGCUGAGGUUUUGCAGUAUGUAUUUUUUUAGGCCAGAAUGUUCAGAUGGUGACACAAAACAUGCAUAGAUAGUCUGAAAAUGUAAAAAAAAAAAAUACAAAAAAUACAAAAAGGAUUUAAACAAGUUGGCAUCAGACCCCCGAGGAUGUUGACAACAUGAGCUGCAAAGUAUAAAUACUAUACUUUAUUCGUAAAUAUUCUCUAUAAGCUGUCAGUCUGCGUAUUUUAACAUUUAUUUAGUUGAUAAGGUAUUUAAAAAGUCUCAGUGUGCAAUGGAAUCAAUCACUGGACUAGUCACUACUAAAAUGAAAUGAGUUGCAGCCCUAAAUAUAUACACAGGAUACACACAUGACUUGUCAAAAGUUUGGAUGCAUUUUCUCAUUUAAGUUUAUCUACGCUGCAGAAUCUCACUAAAAGUAUCAGAACUAUGGCUACGUUUACACUGAAACAAAUCAUAGUAUCACUGUAUCAGAAACGAUCUGCGUUCACACAUGUCGUUUCUGUGUCCGCAAGCCUCGCUAUCCACACACCUUUGAGCAUAUUUGUUUACGUUUUACAGAAAUGAAACUAAAACUACAUGGCUCAUUUGCAUAAACUAAGCACUUAAAAAACAGCUCACUAUUGUGCGCUGAUGCGGUUCAACUUCUGUCGGACUAAAGGACACGACUCAGUGGAAUAUGAGUGUUCUUUCUGUGACAAAGGGGUGUUCUGCUGAUGGUGAGUCCGUUUUGUGUUUUUAUCACGUUGGAGAUGGUUCAUGUUAAACUUUUCAGAGAUUAUACAUCUGCAGGUCAUAUACACAGACCGUAGAUAUGAAUGGACAUAUAUUCUAGACUCUUAGCGUUUUGGCGGUCAAUUACUUCGUGGUGCGUAGAACUACAUCAGUGUAUCAGUGUUUUCAGACGUACACACAGUGCUGGAUCAUCUGUACUCAGAUGAAUUCGUAGGAGCUGGCGGCACCAGAUCGUUCCGUCUCUGGAGCCGUUUUCAAUCGGAUUAGUGUGGACGAACACCGCAUCCACAAAGAAAAUGACUCGAAUACGUAGUAGUGUGGCCUAUGAAUGAACACAUACGGAAUGUUGCAAACAAAAUUCUAACUCAGAAUAACCCAAAAACUUGUAGAUUUCAAAUGUUCACCCUCAUUGAGAGAAGGCCACAGCACAGGGUGGAUAUUUUGAGGAUUUGAAUCUGAAAUAUAAAAAAAAAAUUUGCUGACUUAUUAGACUUUUUUCUUUGCUAUACAAUUCUGUAUAUCUUACGUCAUUUAUUUUAUGUCUUUCCGUACGUAACUAAAAGUAGAAAGUAGUAAGCGUGAAGAAAAUAUUGAAUGAGGAGGCGUGUCCAAACUUUUGACUUGUCCUGUAUGUUGUCUGCUUUUGCAAAUGAACUCUGAAUAAAUCUAUAAAUACAACUCUAUAAAAAUACUGUUGAUAAAUAAUUGUCUGUAUAAAUAUGCCACACGCUUUCAGGGAAUCCAUUGCCACUUCCUUUUCUGUACAAUAUCUGUGUGCCUUCAGUUGUAGGCCUGUUUUAGCUGUGAUCCACCACCAUUAUAAAACAUACGUGUCAGGAAGACUUUGUAUUUUAAAUAUUGUCAUAACUGUAAUUUUAUGAAGUUGUUGUUGUGUAUUUUUCUCUGAGUGCCUUUGUCUGUCUGUGAUAAUUGCAGGAAAAUUGUCUUGUAUUUUUUGAAUUGCAUGUUAAAGGUUUACCAUGCAACUUUUCUGAUGGGGUGCCUGUUUGCGUUGCUUGAAAUGUUCCGCAGUUUGGCUUUAAAACAUGCUGGUCUUUCAAUUAUGCGACUAAAAUCUUAAUUUAGCACUUAUUUUGAGCUUUCAUGACCUGCUUCAAGCUUACCAUAUAACAUCCCAGGUGUAGCAGUAACGUGGAGAUCAUCAGUGGCGUAUACCCUCCACUACCCACCAGAAAAGUUCCAGAGUUUACCUUUACCAUAUUGAGACCUGUAUCCUCCGUAGUUUGGCUCUGGGCAGAUGCAAAACAAUGGACGCACUUGUAGUUGAUGCUUAUUCUGUUUACAAAGGAGAGAGCUGAGUUCCAAGCCUUCAGAAGAGGAUUUUGUCAAAUGAAAACAGUGAAAAUCUUGGCCAAAUAUUUGAAUGGGCUUUAAGUGUAUCCAAAAACAUGUUACUCAAGUGUUGCUGUACCGACUUUAUAAUGUUAAUAUAUUUUAUACAGAGAUGUAUUUGAAAUGUAUAUGAAGGGAGAGGUUUUCAAAUUAUGAAUAAAAAUAAAGUUCAAUAUAAAAUGUU